GAGAUACGCUGAGGAGCUGCUGCUUCUUUUAUUUUUUUAGUCAAUCCGUUUUUGCACAGCACGCUUCAUCGUGCUUUUUUUUUUUUUUUUUUUUGUUAAAAGUUAUUCUUAUCUGGAGGAAGAAAGAAGUGCGCGGGGACAUAAGAGGAGGCGGGAGACAAGUGCACCACAGCAGGCAAGCCGCGCCCGGAUCACAUCCCAGCAGCAGCGUCCGCUUCCCGGCUUCGAGCAUGGCCAGUUCGAGCAAAGCCACUUUAAUCUUGCUCAUCUACGGAAUCUUAAUGCACUACAGCGUCUUCUGCACACCUCUCGGACUAAGUUACCCCAAAAUCAGGCUGGACAACGAUGCGUUUGACGAGGACGGCAACUCGUUGGGCGAGUUGGGAUUCGACGGCGACCACCUCGCGUUGCGCAGCGCCGCGUCCUUAAACGACGACGGUGGCGGCUACACUCUCUACUAUCCCACCGAGAAGAGAGCAGAAAGGCAUGCUGAGGAGGAAUUAGAUAGAGCCUUGAGGGAGAUCCUGGGUCAGUUAACCACGCGGCAUUAUCUGCAUUCUCUGAUGACAAUGCGCGCAGGCAGUGAUAAUAGCAUGGAGGACGAGGCUGAGCCACUCUCCAAAAGACACUCGGACGGCAUCUUUACUGACAGCUACAGCCGCUACAGGAAGCAGAUGGCUGUGCAAAAGUACCUGGCAGCCGUCCUAGGACGAAGGUACAGACAGAGAGUGCGCACUAAAGGACGCCGGCUCGCCUAUUUGUAGUGCAGCCGCCCCCACCCAACACUUUGAACGUGUAUACAGUAUAUAUGUAUGACACCCCCCACCCGCACACACGCACACACAGCCAUGUGUCCUCCGCCCAUCAUUCACGUGAUAUAGCUGAGCAAACCAGUGGAUUGCGCCUCUAUGUUCUCUUUCAACAUCAUGUAUUUAUGUAUGAAGUUAAGCCAUUAAAAUGAAUAUUUUAUUAAUAAUAUUGUUUUCUCCCCCCCUCAUUUUUUUGCAACAAGAGAAAAAAAGCCCUUGAGGAUUUAACCCUCCUGUUACGUUGCUCUCAAACAAGGUUGAAAGCUUAUAUUAGUCAGCUAAAAAUAUUGCUUUAUGAGGACCCCCGACCCUCCCCCCGUAACACUUUCGAAUAAUUCUUAGUCAAAAAUCCACCAUUUGAAGGGAAUAAAAGUCAGGUCAUUUACAUUUACAUUUGCAAUGACCCAUUAAAAAUAUUUUUAUUUCAUUUAACAAUGAAACAAUGAUAUCCCCCCCCCCCCCAAAAAUUUUUAAGUCACAAAAUGUUAUCAUUAUUUUAUUAUCUAUCGAAACAUAGGGUACACACAUAUAUAUAUAUAUACAUAUAUAUAUAUGUAUGUAUGUAUACUUUUUCAGAUUGAGCCUUUCUAAAAUUAAAUAAUUUGACGAUUUUUCCAAAAAUUACUUCAUCAUUGCCUUAAUGUGAGUUGAAAAAUAUUCAGCGGGAUGUAAUCUUUUAUUUUUUUUGGUCCAUAUGAAACACACAUCCGGGUCAAAAUGACCCAUAUUAAAAGACGGUGUUUGACAUUUCACACGUUCGAAAUGAAAUAAUUGAGUUAAUACUAAGAUGCUAUCAAUUCCUAUUCAUUUUCCCUCCAAAUUCUGGACACUUUUUUCUUCAAUAAACACGACCUAAGUCAAAUUGACCCUAUUUAAAGUGAAUGAAUAUCACUCAAGUGACAUAUCCACAGUGAAAUUGUUAGUCGUGGCAUAAACAGUGAUGUAAAAACACCGCUAAGUGUGAUUUACUUCAAAUUUCUAACAGUUUACGGUGAUGAAACACAUCCUUGGGGUCAAAAGGACCCACCAAAAGUAUCCGUGUAUAUAACAGGAGGGUUAAACUGCACAGUCCAUGGACCAAUAUGUGUUUAUUUUCAUGUUUCAAGAUGUUUUCAAGAAAAUAUAUAUAGAAAAAACAGAUCAUUAUUGUGCACCUUCAACGUUAUGCGCUUGAACAAUAAGAAAAAAAAAAACUAAAAAAAAAGUCAUCUAUACAUAUAUAUAUAAAUAUAUAUAUAUGCAGAAAAAUAAAUAGAUUUUAAAAAGACAAUCAAAGUAUUGAAUGUUAUACUUAUUUUUGUAAGCUAUUUUUUUAAGUGUUGUUUGUUUUUUGGACAAAAACAGGCCCAAAGAAGCGGUGAGCAUGCUACAUAGCUGUGCGUGCGUAAGUGUCUACGUGUAUGUGUGUGUGUGCGCAUGAGUGUUAAACACUCCAUUGUAAACUAUGUUUCUUUUGUUCAUGCAAGGAUGCCUCAAUGCUGCUCACACUUGCACAUGUUGUGUGGACAAUAGGUGUGUGUCUGCGUGUCUGUGUGUACUUGUUUAUUUGUAUGUAAGGUGCGCCUGCGUUCUGUUGAUUCUGAAUGGGGCAAACAGUGGUGGGAAAGCUUACUUUACUUGGUAGUAAUUUUGUGGAAUCCUGUUCUUAAACUGCAUGCUGUUAUACAAUAGGUCAAGGAUGCAUACAUAGAAGGGAUUCCCAAAUUGUUGGGGAAAAGGGUGGUGUGUGUUUGAGUUGAAAUAUAUGUUGGUUUUUUAGCAAUGUCAUUGAUGACUUCGGGUGGAAAUUUGGGCAUAAAGUAAGAAAUAAAAAGGAUAAUUAGAUAAUUACAGGCUGUUAAGUUCAAGUCAAGCAUGGCAAGCAGCAUUUUUACAGACAUCACGUAAAAAGACUACAGCUACUGCCUCAUCUUUAUCUCCUAUGUUAAAUCCACAAUUUAGUAAUUAGGCCAUAUAUUCAUGAAACAGAGCACGGGAGGUGUGCCAAUUAUCAGUUAGUGGAAGUGGGUACAUAUUUUGAAAAAGUUGGCUGUUUUUGGUGUUAGUAGUACUAAGCGUUUCAAGAUUAUAGUUGGGAAUUUAGAUAAGAUUAAAACUGUAAUAGUAGUUCAAUGGUUUCAUGGGACUGUGUCACCUCUGUGUGAAAACAAUGAAAAUAUUAAAUAUCAAGCAUUCAUUUGGUUUGCUUAUAAUUGGAUAAAUGAUAAAUGUUAAGGGAAGGGGGUGCACUAGCUAUGUUGGUUUGUCAGGAUUUUGUUGGUUAAUGGUUUUGGGUGGGGAAAUUAGGGAAAUUAAGGAAUUGAGAAAGUGAUGAGGCCAAUCUGAGUCCGUUACAUAAAAGAGACAGUUGGCGUACCUCCCCAAAUUUCCUCCAGCAUUUUGGUAUUACACAAAAAAUGCACUGGAAAAGAUGCCACUUCUAAAACAAGUAAAAAAUUACGUUAAAUGAGAUAAGAUUCGCUCAUACCAGAACAUUUUGCCAAUGGAACAAGCAAUUUUUGUCUUGGUAAGAAUUCUUUAAAAUAAGACAUCCAUUCAGGAUGACUGAGAUCUUGAAACUAGUUAUAUUUUACAAGUUCAUCCUGAAUGGAUGUCUUAUUUUAAGAAUUCUUAGCAAGACAAAAAUUGCUUAUUCCAUUGGCAGAAUGUUCUUACUUGUUAUAAGCAAAUCUUCUCUCAUUUCAAAUAAUUUUUUACUCGUUUUAAAAGUGGCAUUUUUUUGCAGUGUGGAUACCCAACAUGCACUUCUGUUUUGAUUCAUCUUCUUCUAAAAUGUAAAUUGAGUGAUGAAGAAUUUAUUCCUCAAAUUUUUAUUCUUUGGCCAGUGUUUUCAUGGUUAAACAGUGGGAAUGGAGUACACCAACACAGUCAUAAUGCUGAUGCGAGUGUGUGACUUCAAAAGUUGGUGUCAUGAGCAGUGUUGUUAAUAACGGCGUUAGAAUAUAACGGCGUUACUAACGGCGUUUUUUUUUUCAGUCGUGAGUAAUCUAAUUAAUUAAUUUUCUCAUCUUGGCAACGCCGUUACCGUUACUGAGGCGGGAAAGGCGUGCGUUACUGUGUGUUACUAAGUUGGGUGAAUAAAAAAAGUCUGAGAGAGACGGAAUCACGGAGACGAGAGAGCAGAGCAGGAGUGGGGAAGACGCCGUCGCAAACGCGAUGCUAGGUGGCUCCAAUAAUACCUGACUGUAGCCAAUAGCCUACAAACUAUGCCCAUAUGAUAUGGUAGAUAUGGUAGACAUGGUAGAUAUCACAUAUAUAUAGAACUAGAUGCGAAAUGACAGACACGGCGGCGUUGGCAACAUGUACAGUAUAGGAACUAGAUGCGUUAGUAAACAGCCGCCAUCUUAAAGCAGUAGACUUCUUAGGAAGGCUCUGUUGUAGAGAACCCUCCUAGCGAACCAGAGUAACUUUUUAUCUAAAAUACUCCUAAAUCAGCAAAAUCUUGACUUGAAUCUAUCUUGAAAUGAUAAAACAGUUUUAAAACUUCCACAUGUCAAAAGUAGACAGAAGGGAACUUAUGCGAAAAUGGGAGCAAUUUUAACAACAUUUUACAGUUGAUUCAAGGUAAAGGGUAAAUUAGGGUAAAGAACUGGACUAGGGCCAAUUGUCCCAAAAACCUUUUACACUUCACAUAGUGUGACCUAAGUUUUUUUAUUUAUUUUUUUGUU